AUGAUUACUUUAAAUUUAUUUUUUAAGCCAAUUUUAAGUCUUUUUUAUGCCCUAAUAUUAGGAAUAUUCAUUAAAGAAGUAAAUUCAUUUACACCUAUUUCUCGUAAUGCUUUCUCGUCAGUUCUUGCAGGGGAUAAGCUUUACUUUUUCGGUGGAAAUCCGAAUUCUAUUUCAAAUCAAACAUUUUGUCUUGAUGUAUCUCAAUCGUUUAGUUCAGAAAAUCCACCAUGGAUUGAAACACCAUCAGCAGUAAUUCCAUUUGCAAGUGUUUUUGCUACAGUUUCAUUCAUCGAAAGUAGUUCAAUUAUUUAUCUAUUUGGUGGAUUUAUGUACGAUCCAGUUACGCUUGUCGACAGCUUUCAAUCAUUUGUACAUACAUUUAAUACUCAAACUCUUAAAUGGGAUAUACCUAAAACCAAUGGCCAAAUACCAACAAGACGUAGGAAUAUUGAAGCGGUCAAAGAUAAUUUUGGAAAAAUUUAUAUUUUUGGAGCUCCUAUAGCUCGAAAUGAAUAUACUGCAACAUUAUUAUCAAAUGAAUCAAAAUCUAAUUCAACUCAACCACAAACACAUUCCAACUCACCUAAUUCACCUUCUAAGGAUUUAACAUCAAAAAAAGUUGCCAUUUCUGUAGUUAGUAGUAUUGUAGCAACCGCAUUUCUUAUUGGUAUUGGAGCUUUACUUUAUAGAUGGUCUAAAAAACGAAAGGACAAGACAACUUUAAGAAUUUCUGGAAAUUUUGGUAUUGAGAAUAAUGAAUAA